CACCCGAUCGUCAGGAUGCCCGAUAAUGAAUCCGGUCGUUGCACCGAGUGGACGGUGGCCAAACAACCCUACUCCACCACUCUCUACGACCAUCGAUCGCCCUCCACCCUCCCUUCCUGCCGAUUCGCUCGAACCGCGCCGAUCCAACAACCCCUCCCGAUUAACCAUUACUCCCCCCCUUACCAUCAAGCAUCUCCCAACCUUGUUGCGAUACCUUAUCACGCUACCCUUCCAUGCGUGGAACCACCAACGUCCGUCGAGCGGUUGCAAUGCGGUCAGAAUACGGGGAAGAAUUGCCAAUUGGGUCCGGUCGACGUGGAGGAUCUGGCCCUGUACUUCGAGCCCGAGAAGUCGCAGACCGGUUGCCCGGUCUAUCAUCGGCCAUCGAUCUCGAACUCGAAUUUUCGUCGGCCGGCAAGAUCGAUCAACAACAAUCCUACGGCCGAGUUAUCGACGAGGCAACAGUUCAACAUUAAGCUUGCUCAAUUGUGUGCCGAAUGUGAUUGGCUCGGCCAAUUUUGCAACACCUGUCCCCAACAGCAGUACGCUUUUUGCACGGAGGAACGAUGGCUCGAAUGCCCGGCGAGCGACCGUUGCCCCCUGUACGCCGACGACGACGUUGCCUACCCCUAUGGGCAAAACCCGGUUCUGCCACCGUGCGUCUACGAGGAUUUGCAAAACGGGUAUUGCCGAUACGGGUGUAACGACGAGGACGGCCAGAUUCUCGAGGAUUAUUUGAGCAACGAGAAGAGGAAGGAGAAGUCUCGUGAUGCGGCAAGAUACCGUCGAAGCAAAGAGACGGACAUUUUCACGGAUCUAGCUGCCGCUCUUCCCGUAACACCGGAACAAGCAGCUCAUUUAGAUAAGGCCAGUGUGAUGAGACUUGCCAUCGCCUAUCUUAAAGUGCGCUCGGUGGUCGACUGCGUUCCAGGCCCGAUGACCAAGUCCGAGACGUUGAAUCAAAUGGACGAAUUAUUCUCCAAAGCUCUAAAUGGAUUCAUGUUGGUGCUUUCCAGCGAUGGAAACAUGAUCUACCUGUCAGAGAAUGUGAGCGAUUAUCUUGGCAUUUCCCAGAUGGAUAUGAUGGGUCAAAGCGUGUACGAAUACAGCCAUCCGUGCGACCACGAGGAAUUGCGGGAAUGCCUGUCCUCGAAACCGCCCGAGAACAGCGAGAAACGUGCUUGCAGUUUUUUCUUACGGCUCAAGUGUACAUUGACCAGCAAAGGAAGGAAGGUCAAUCUAAAAAGCGCUUCCUACAAGGUGAUUCAUUGCACCGGUAGAUUAACGUAUAUCCGCGACCCGGUGUCGAAUUCGUCGGAGAACGACGACGCGAAGAAUAAAAAGGACGACGAGGGAAACGAAGGAGACAACACUGGAGCCUCGUUGGUGCUUCUCGGAUGUCCCAUACCGCAUCCUAGCAACAUCGAGAUACCGCUGGGACGUCACACUUUCCUCUCGAAGCAUAGCCUCAGCAUGAAAUUCACGUACGCCGACGAAAAGUUGGCUGAAUAUCUGGGUUGGAGCAGCGAGGAGUUAGUGGGACAAUCCGUUUUCGAGUUCUAUCACGCCCUCGACAAUUUGGCUCUGGAUAAAUCUUUUAAAUCACUGUUCAGCAAGGGUCAAUGCGAGACGGUCGCCUACAGAUUUCUCGGGAAACGCGGAGGAUACGCUUGGGUCGUGACGCAAGCCACCCUAAUUCACUGUUCCAAGCAGCAAAAACCGUUGUCCGUCGUCUGUGUGAAUUACGUUCUAAGGUAG